AUCCCACUGAGGACGUUCCCCAGUUCUUUUCUCUUCCUACCGGCGAUCGUCCCGUGCAACUCAUCAAAACAUGGCUCACUACAUCACCACCCACGACUCCAACGGAGCUGCCAUUUUCUCCCACGGUUCGGACGAGCAACAUACGAUACCCAUCCCGAUUGGGGAAAUCAAAAUCCUUUCCUCCAGUCACUCGUUCCCGCUCGAUCUUUCGAGUGAGGCCGAUAUCGAGCAAUAUCAGGAAGACCGCACCACGACGUUCUUUCCCGGUAGCCGUCGGAUUUGCCCUGAGGGCGGGACCGCCACCUGCAUGAUCACGAUGGAACCCGGGGCUGAGAGCCCCAUGCACCGGACGCUGACGUCGGACACGGUGGUCCUCCUCGAAGGCGAGAUGGAGAUCACGUUGGACUCCGGGGAGACGCGGAUCUUGAAAGCGGGCGAUGUGCUGGUGCAGAGAGCUACCAUGCACCGAUGGAGGAACAUCACUCCCAACAAUGGUUGUGCCAAAUGGGUGGCGUUCAUCCAGGCUAGUGCGGGGCCAAUGAAUAUCGGAGAUCAAUCUCUCGGUAACGAAUGGAAGCAUUAAUGCUGUGUUGGGCUGACGAAGAUGGAGCGGGUUGGACCUGGGGAUUGAUCUUAGCAUGUGUGUAAACAGUUCGUUGACAAUGGAUGUGAGAGAUCACUCCAUGCGUAGCCUUACCAGGAUCAAGCCAUCCCCGUAACCCUUAUCGACCCUGUGGAUGGCUGCGUUGCGUGGUUCCCUCCCAGAAGGGUAGUUUGAAGCUAUUCCAAGGGGUCAUGCGGUGGAGACUCCCGGGAUUUGCGCCGCCGGGAUUUGUGGCCACUUGUAGCUCCACUCAUGACUCACCAUGGCUGUAUCUCAA